AUGGCCAGACCCAAGGUGUUCAUAGUGCAUAAGCGCACACCCGAUGGCUACCCCUUUCUGUACGUAAAGCCCGAUCGGAGUGUCUUCUUCCCGUCCAUUGAGUACAUGAAAGUGAAGAUCAAUAAAGAGCUUCCGGACAGUCAGGAGAUGUCGGCCAAGAUUGCCGUGGUUUUGGACGGGGAGCACAUGUUUAGGGCCGACUCCACGUUCGCGCAGGGCGUCAAGAAUAUGAUAUCGAGUCUAAGCGAUCGCCGGGUGUUGACUGUGUUUUACAAUCUGCGAAAAACGGUGUUCCGGGCCAUCCAUGGGGUCGGCAUUCCGUCCAAUGAGUUCCACAACUGUCGCACUGAGGAGGAGGUCUACCAUCUCAUCAAAACGCAUAAUAAGAUCCGAGUGUCGCGAUCGCAGUCCAACAUCGAGACACUCUUCAAUCAAAGUACCACUUCUUGUGGCCAUUGGAUCUCACAGUCGGCUCAAGCCUAUUGAUCAGUACCGGGAUG